AUGGCACAACCGAUGUACCUGAUCACCCUUCCAGCUGAACUGUCCUUCCCCUCUUCCCAGAGAGUGUGCUUGGACCUCCGUGGUGUGGAGAAGAGUAUUCAUGUGGUCUUAACGCUUGUGCAUGGAUCUGGCAACCUCAGCCUCUACAGCAAGGUUGUCCGGAACAAUUGGAUCUUUGAGUGCUCCAGAUUUCAGGUCCCCAAACCUGCAGGUAGUGAAGAGGUGGUCACUGUCCAGCUGCGCAUCUCCAAUGGCCAGUAUGUCAGUGCAAGGGAAGAAAAGCAAGUCCUGAUCCGCAAGGCUGGCACUGGCACCUUCAUCCAGAUGGAAAAACCUGUCUAUAAGCCAGGACAGACAGUGAAGUUUUGGAUAGUGACACUGACUGAAGACUUUGUUCCCGUUAACAACAAGUACUCCAAGGUGGAAGUCCAGGACCCACAUCAAAACCGCAUUGGCCAAUGGCUGGAUGUGAGACCAAAACAAGGCCUUGCAGAUCUCUCUUUUCAGUUAGCUUCUGAAGUCUCUUUGGGGACUUACACAAUCAACGUAGCGAACCCAAAAGCGUCCAGUACUUUUAAGGUAGAAGAACAUGUGUUGCAAAAGUUUGAUGUUUUCUUCAAAGGACCAGCUCGGAUUUAUGCUUCAGAUAAAACUUUCCUUCUGAGUGUGUGUGGCAGGUAUAAUUAUGGGAAAGCAGUGAAAGGAACUGUGUGGGUUACUUUGUGCCAGAAGGCAAAGGGGUGUCCUCAAGAUGCCAGCAAAGAUAUCUGUAGAGAAUACAGUGGUCUGACAGCAAGGAAGGGGUGCUUCACAUCUUCAGUAAGCACAACAGUAUUUAAUCUGUCUCCCAGUGAGGAAGACAGCAAAAUCUAUGCAGAAGCUUCUCUCCUGGAGGAAGGCACAGGAGUCCAAAUCAACACGUCCAGCCAAAUUGUCAUUUCCAGGACAGCUGCAAGUGUAGUGUUUGAGACACCAAAUGCUUACUAUAUCCCUGGAGUACCCUUCAAGGGAAAGAUUAAGCUUCAGGACCACUAUGGAAAUAGUAUGAAAAACAGAAAAGUGAAUCUCAUUAUAAAGUUCAUGAAGCGUCAGCUUAUUAAAACAUAUGUCACAGACAGCAGUGGAAGAGCAUCAUUCAACCUGGACACAACUGCCUGGAACACCUCCUCAGUGUCUUUGGAGGGAAGGUUCACACUGGAGAAUGUAACGCAAAAACCUUGGAAAACUAGUAUCAGUUAUAUAAAUGCCUACCAUCACCUGCAGCCCUUCCAUGUCACAACCAAGAGCUUCCUGAAAAUACACCCACUCACAGGGAAACUGCCCUGUGGGCUGAAGCAGAGUGUCCAGGUGACCUUCACACUCAGUAGGGCUGAUGUGGGAGAAGACACCAACCGCAUUGAUUUUGCAUAUUAUGUGAGUAAGGUAGACAAGAACCUAGAUGGGGGAAGAUAUGUUCUCACCCUUCAGGUCACUGGAAAGGCUGGCAUUGUCAACAGAGGUUGGAGAAGUGUCCAGGUUGGAAAGCUGAACAUGCUGAAAGGCUCUUUCUUUAUCCCACUGACCUUCACUGCUGACUUCACCCCUUCACCUUGCUUAGUGGUGUAUACGAUCUUCCCCAAUGGAGGAGUGACAGCUGAUAGCAUCCGUUUUGAUGUUGCCUUGUGCUUUCAAAACCAGGUCAAGGUAGAUUUCCCAGCUAAAGAACACCACACAGGGUCAAUAGUGCAGCUCCAACUUGAGGCAGCCCCUGGCUCCAUGUGUGCAGUACAGGCAGUGGAUGAAAAUGUGUUCCUCGUGAGACCGAAGAAUGAGCUGACAAGCCAAAAGGUAUAUGGCUUGUUCCCUGCUAUCUACAGACAUGGAUAUCCUGUCCAAGUAGAAGAGUAUUCAGACCACUGUUUUCAGUCCCCGGUCGUGUCCUCUUGGCUCCAAGGAAAAUCACAGCAUCCUUUUCAGCCUGAUAUUUUCAACCUCUUCUGGGUAAUCAACUAUGUAUUUUCCCAGGGCUACCAAAAUUAUGUACAUCUGAGAUAUUUUUCUAACAUGGGUCUGAAAGUCUUCUCAAACCUUAUAAUCAAGAAGCCAACUCAGUGCACUCAGCAGGCAGAGAGGAAGCCGACCAUGGGGGUACCUUCUAUGGAAGAUCAAAGAAUUACUAAGGAACAACCCCAGUUUACAACCCAAGGAAGAUUUCACAACUCUUUGCCUGAAACUUGGAUCUGGAAUCUCUUCUUUGUUGGCUCCAAUGGCAGCAGGAGUGUUCCAGUCACAACACCUGAUGCUGUCACAAAGUGGAAGGUCAAGAUGUUCUGCUUGUCUGGGAAGACAUUUGGCCUUGCUCCAACCACGAGUCUCAGAACAGUCCAGCCUGUCUUUGUGGAUGUGACAUUGCCAUAUUCUGUGAUCCGAGGAGAGACUUUCAUGCUGAAGGCUACUGUCUUCAACUACCUACAGCAGUGCCUACAGAUACAUGUGGCCCUAGAUAAAUUGCUGGGCUUCCAGGUGGAGGACUGCCAGACCUGCAGGGAUAGAGAGUGCUUGUGUGCGGAAGAGUCCAAGACCUUCACAUGGAAUGUGACAGCAACCCAGCUGGGGACUCUGAAUAUCACAAUCAGGACUGAACUACUGGACACAGCACCACGCUGUGGGGGCAGGAAGCCCUUGCCAGCUACCAUGAGGCGGAGGCAUGCUCUGAUCAAACACUUGCUGGUUCGGCCAGAAGGUGUGCUAGUGGAGAAGUCUUACGGCUCCCUUUUGUGCCCAAGAGGAGGAAACAUGGCUGAAGAACCUAGGCUGAUUGUCCUCCCUAAUAAUGUAAUAAAGGGAUCUGCCAGUGCAUCAGUUUCCAUCUCAAGUGACCUCAUGGGGCUGCCACUACAGAACCUGGACCGCCUGGUGCAGAUGCCCCAUGGCUGUGGGGAGCAGAAUAUGGUGCUGUUUACUCCCAUUGUCUAUGUGCUACAGUACCUGGAGAAGACAAGACAACUGACCCCUGUGAUCAAGGAGAGAGCAACCGGAUUCUUGCGCAAUGGCUACCAGACACAGCUUCUUUAUAGGCAUAGAGAUGGGUCUUACAGUGUCUUUGGGCAGCAGGAUGGGGAAGGAAACACUUGGCUGACAGCUUUUGUAGCCAAGAGUUUUGGCCAAGCCAAGAAAUAUAUCUAUAUAGAUGACAAGAAUAUCCAGGAUGCCCUACGCUGGCUGGAGCAAAACCAGCUCCCCAGUGGCUGCUUUGCUACCAAAGGAAAUCUCUUUCAUUCCUCUCUGAAGGGCAGCCUGGAUGAUGAAAUCUCCUUGGGAGCAUAUGUCGCUGCAGCACUGCUGGAGCUGGGUCAGCCGCUGAAGGGCAAGUUGAUGCAGACUAUCUUCCGCUGCCUACAGCAUGCAGUUCACAACAUCACCAACACAUACACAGAAGCUGUGCUGGCCUAUGCUUUUGCCCUGGCUGGAGACUAUGAGAUAACCCAGGAGCUGCUGUACAAGUUGGAGGAACAGGCCAUCAAGUCAGGAGGACAAAUACACUGGAGUCCCAAAACAAGCUCCCCAGCUUCCACAGACUUCUGGCAUACUACUCAGUCAGUGGACAUAGAAUUGACAGCCUACGUACUCCUGGCAUACCUCUCCAAGCCACGACUGCAUGCAAGGGAUAUGAAAACUGCAGCUGGUAUUGUGGUGUGGCUGACCCAGCAGCAGAAUGCCUAUGGAGGCUUUGCCUCCACUCAGGACACAGUUGUUGCUCUGCAAGCUUUAGCAAAAUAUGCAGCAAGGAUGUUCAGCACAUCAGGCCAAGCCCUUGUGAAGGUGAAGUCACAGAGGGAUUUUGGAAAGACAUUCCAAGUCACUCGCCAGAAACGUCUCCUUGUGCAGCGUGCAGAACUGACAGAGAUCCCAGGGCAGUUCUUGGUGCAGGUCCAAGGCAGAAGUUGUGUGUUUGCUCAGACAGUGCUGAGGUACCAUGAGCCAACUCCACAGACCUCCAUAGCCUUUAAUCUGCAUGUCAACACAGUGCUGGCCAACUGUAGCCAGGCCAAUAUGCAUGUCCUCACCGUCCGCAUUCUUGCCAGCUACACUGGCAGCAGAGGCACAUCCAACAUGGUGAUCAUGGAAGUCUCCUUGUUGUCUGGAUUUGUCCUGGCUCCAGGAUCCAGGAUGUUGCUGGAGCGCAAAACCAUCAUUAAGAAAAUAGAAGUGAAAGCUGAUGUCAUCUACAUUUAUCUGGACAAGCUUAGUGAUGAAUCUCAGACUUUAAUUCUGCAACUGGAACAAAUAAUUAAGAUGAAGAAUCUGAAACCAACCGUCAUCAAAAUCUAUGAUUACUACCAGCCAGAGGAGCAAGCGUUGGCUAUGUACAGUGCUGUCUGUAGCUGAGUAGCUAUUAACAGGAGUGACAAGAGGACUGAUGGUCGCAGUGGCUGCAGAGAUUGUCUGUUCCUGUGGAGACAACAAAGGACAAAAAGUCUAUUUUCCUGAAAUAUUAAAACUGACCAAUAGGAACCGUGUGUUUUUUUGUGUGCCUUGUGACCAAAUAGGACUGCCAA